AUGCCAACGCUUCAGACUCCGACGAGACGACCGACUGGCACAACGCUGCUGAGGUCUUGGCCAACGCCCUCCUUCACAGACGCUCAGCGCUUCCGCGUGGACGAGGACUACGCGCUCAGCAGCCACUGGAACGGCGGCAACCUCAAGAACGCAACCCUCAAUCCACUCAACGUGAGUGUCGACCACAAGAUCGUCUUUGCUCCGCACGCGCACGCGCACGGCGUCCGCCCUCAGAACUACUUCUACACACCAGACAGCAACUGCACGGACGACGUGGAGCACAAGCUCGGCUGCAGCGACUCGCACUUUGCCUGCAGCUCGUACGAGCACAUUUCGGUGCCGGAGACGUUGCUGCACUACGAGGUCGCUAUGCGCGAGGCGUUGGGCGAUCUGCGCGCUCAACGGAAAAUUCCGCUCGUGUUGGGCGCCUUUAGCGGUGUCUAUGGGGUGGCGCAGCCCCAUCAAACGGCCGUGCUGGACUAUCUCAUCGACUUGGCCGCCUCGCUUCAAGGCGGAUACUUUUACGCCUUGAAUCCGGACGUCGAGAGAUACUCGGAGGACUCGGGGGACGGCCAAGCUGGGACGAUGGCGGUGACGCACUACGGGUUGAUGCAGACGUCGUCGUGGCAAGAGCCGUACGCCGACCUGCUUGAAGCCCUGCAACGGAUUCCUUCGACGGAGAUCCCGUGCUUUGGCGGCAAAGAGAGCAGCGGCGGCAGCUCCGUCCCAGCCGCCAACAGAGACGCUGCGUUCGCGCUGCUCGUUAUCAGCCUUGCAUUUUUUUUAUGUGACCCAUGA